AUGGCGGCAUCUACAUCCAGAAUAGUGUUCAUCUACAGCUCGUACACCAUCCUGGCACACCUGUGUCUGGUGGAGGGGAAUCUGCCGUUCAGGUCGUCGUCAGUUGUUCUGUCUACAGAAGUCGUAAAGAUUGUCUUGUCUGUGGCAAUGUUGUUCCCGGAACUGCGACGAGGUGAUAUCACCGUACCAUCACUGGCCAACUGCCUGCCGUUCUUGGUUCCUGCUGUGUUGUACUGCAUCAACAAUAACCUCAGUGUUUACAUGCAGGUGCAUAUGGACCCCACCACCUACCAGAUCUUGGGCAACAUGAAAGUGGCCACAACUGCAGUUCUGUACAGGGUCGUCAUUCAACGCCCGCUGACCGUUGUGCAGUGGAUGUCUCUUGGUGUUCUCAGCAUGUCUGGCAUACUGGACAGCUAUGGAGGUAUGCAGGCCAGUGGGUCGACGUGGUCCGGAGAGAUGCACCUGACCGUGGCAGGUCUGAUCAUGAUGUUCAUUUACUGUUGUAUAUCAGGCUUAGCAGGCGUCUACACGGAAUACAUAUUAAAGAGACACUAUCAGACAUCCCUGAAUGUGCAGAACACACUGCUGUAUACAUUCGGUUGUUCUCAACGGUGGACUGUGGGCCGUACAGGAAGCAUGGAGUGGCAAGGAGGAGAUAGACGUCUAGAUUUGUUCGAAGGUUUCACAUUUAAGACGUGGGCCAUAGUCGUGUCCUCGGCCUUCAAUGGACUGAUAAUGUCGGUCAUCAUGAAGCAUGGCAGUAACAUCACACGUCUCUUCAUCAUCUCCUGCGCCAUGUUGGUGACGACCCUGCUCUCUGUCGCCAUCUUCCAGCUGGCCCUCAACAUGUAUUAUAUCCUCGCAUUUACCAUGAUCGUAGUGGCCCUGUACAUGUAUCACCGAUGUUAGUGAGUGACUUUAAUUUUACGCUGCACUCAACAAUAUUCCACCUAUGUGGCGGCGAUCUGUAAAUAAU